CAUAACGUAAAAAAUUACGUUUUUAGUCGGCCUGUUUGCCGGAGAGUCGGACCGCCCUUUGGCGCCGCGAGCCCGCUAGGCCGCUACAUGUGCCGCCGCACCGCGUCGAGGCGUCAAAACACCCGCCCGGCCAGUCCACUCCGCCGCCGCACCGCGUCGUCCACUCCCGCCGCCGCGCAUCCUAUUCAAAUCUCCCGCCGGAUCCCGCCGGCCGCCGCCAAUGGUGGGGCUGUCCCGCCUCCCCCACCGCCAUCUGCUGCAGCAUCUCGCCGGCCUCCUCAAGACCCGGUCGCUCUAUGACCUACUCUGCGACGCAUCCACCUCCCGCGCCGCACACCACCUGUUCGACGCAGUGCCACGCCCGACCCCUGCCCUCUGCGCCACGCUCAUCUCCGCUCUCUCCAGGCGCUCCUCGCACAGGGAGCUUCUGGAUGCCUUUUCGUCGCUUCACUGCAGGGGCUCCAUCGUCCCACCAGGUUGCGUGCCGCCUGUCGUGAAGUCGUGCACGCUCUUGGCCGCGUCGCACCAGGGAAGGCAGGUGCACUGUCACGCCGUUGUCCGUGGUCUGCUUGGGGAUAUCUUUGUGCAGACUGCUCUGGUGGAUUUCUAUGCAAAGAACGGUGACAUGGAUUGUGCUGUAAAGGUCUUCGAGGAAAUGCCAGUGAAGGACCCGAUACCGAUGAACUGCUUGAUCACUGGAUAUUCCAAAUCUGGUGAUGUGGAUACGGCGAGGAGGCUAUUUGAUGGCAUGGUGAGAAGGACUUCUGCAUCAUGGAAUUCGAUGAUAGCAUGUUACGCCCAUGGUGGGGAAUACCAGGAAGCUUUGAGGUUGUUUCAUAGGAUGUUGAGUGAGGGUGCAAGGCCAAAUGCCAUCACUAUCGCGACGAUGUUUUCCAUCUGUGCCAAGACCAGGGAUCUUGAAACAGGAAAGUGGACAAGGUCUUUGAUUGCAGAGGAGGAUUUGCAGAACAUGAUAGUGCACACUGCCUUGAUGGAAAUGUAUGUGAAGUGUCGGGCUAUUGAUGAGGCACGCCGCGAGUUUGAUCGGAUGCAGCAGAGAGAUGUCGUGGCAUGGAGCACUAUGAUUGCUGGUUAUGCACAGAAUAGAAGACCACACGAGUCUCUGGAGCUGUUUGAGAGGAUGAAGUCAACCGGUUGCAGGCCAAAUGAAGUGACUCUUGUUGGUAUACUGUCUGCCUGUGCUCAGUUGGGUUCUGAUGAAUUAGGAGGGCAGAUUGGUAGCUAUGUCGAGAGCCAGAGCCUACCACUUACCAGUUACCUUGGAUCCGCGUUGAUCGAUAUGUACACAAAGUGCGGGAACGUCGGCAGAGCUCGCCAUGUCUUCAACCAGAUGGAGCACAAAUGUGUCAUAACCUGGAACUCCAUGAUAAGAGGCCUAGCGCUGAAUGGCUUGGCGCAAGAUGCAAUCACCUUGUACAAACAACUGAUACGGGAUGAUCAUGAUGUACGGCCCAACGAGAUCACUUUCGUCGCGCUGUUAACUGCGUGCACCCAUGCUGGCUUGGUAGACCAAGGCAUGGCCUUUUUCGAAGAGAUGAAGACAGUCUACCAUGUUUCCCCUCAAGUGGAGCACUGCGCGUGCAUAGUGGACCUCCUCUGCAAAUCUGGAAGGCCGCGGGAAGCGCACGAGUUCAUCUGCGGCAUGGAGGUCAGACCAAACGCGGUGAUCUGGAGCACGCUGCUGGGUGCCUGCAGGACUCACGCCGACGUCGAGCUGGCCAAGCUCGCCGCGAGCAACCUCCUGGUUCUUGAGCCGGACAACUCCUCCAUCUACGUCCUGCUAUCCAACAUCUACGCGGACGCCGGCCUCUGGGGCGACGCGAGGGAGAUCAGGCGCCUGAUGUGGAGCAAGAACGUGCAGAAGCUGUCUGCGUACAGUUGGAUAGAGCUGGACGGCGAGGUGCACAGGUUCCUGGUGCAGGACACGUACCACCCGGAAUCGGCUGAGAUUUACGCCGUCGCUGACGGCAUGGGAUUGCAUCUGGACCACGUUGAUUCUGACCCCGAUUUAUUUGUUUCCGAGCACUAUUGAACAUGCCCAGUUCUGAUGAUAAAGCAGCCAGUCCAAAGCAGGAGACGGUAGAAUACCAGAUUUAUCAGAUCCUCUGAAGCCUGAACCCCC